UGGAGCUUCACGAUAGGCCACUUCACAAAUCGCAGCUACAUCACUCCAUAUUCAUUUCGCUGGUCAAAAAGGCCCAAAAUAAACAAUAGGGCACAUCGAUUUUAACUUUUUCUAUUUCUUUUCAUCUAAAAAAAAAAACUUUUACUUCUUCGAUCCCAUUGUCGCUCUGCAUCAACGCCUUCUACAAUGGAUGAGAUUGAGCUAAAAACAGCACCUGCUGAUUUUCGUUUCCCGACGACCAACCAAACGCGGCAUUGUUUCACUCGCUACAUUGAGUUUCACAGGUGUGUGGCUGCUAAGGGCGAAGAAGCUGGUGAUUGUGAUAAAUUUGCCAAAUACUAUCGCUCCCUUUGCCCUGGUGAAUGGGUUGACAAGUGGAAUGAGCAGAGGGAUAACGGGACAUUCCCCGGGCCUCUAUAAUUCAAAUACUUUGUUAGCAUUUCUGGCGUUUUCUCUUUGAUUUUCUAUUAUCCUGCAUCCUUCUGCUGAAGCUAGUAUUCCGGCUCUUUCGGAGUGAGAUAAUAAUUUUGUUUGCAUAAAUUCUUAUACUUGACCAUUCGAAAUAAGAAAUUGAUGAACGGAAUUCAUAAUUUCUGAUUGUUCAGUUGCACCUCGUUCCAAUUUUCUCA